GAUUUCGAGAGUUUUCGAGUUUGAUUCAAUGAUUGAACAAUGAUUUAAUAUUAAAUGUUGUUUUUAUUCAUUAGAUUCAUUAGAUGUCUUUAUUUAUCUUUAUUUCCCAGCAGUGAUAGUUUCUAGGGAAUUAGAAAUAGGAUAAUACAAACAAAUUUUACACUUCUUUUGCAAUUAAAUUUAACAACGAAAUGUUUAUUUUGUUCAUUGUGAGAAAGACAAUUAUUCAUCGAAGGGAUUAAAAAAUAUAGAUUGUAAAAUUGUAAUUGAUACAUACAAGCAGAGUUAUAAAUAUUCGACAUGGCUAAAGAAAUGAUGAUAGUAUUUGUUUACAAUACAGUGAAAUGCACAAGUGAGGAAGAUGAUCCUGCUGAAUCUGUUAUGUAUUUUCAUCCUUCGUGGGUUUCUCCAUCUCAAAAAUUACUUUUAGCAGGUCAAUUAAUGGGAGUUAAUCAAUUUUUGACGACAUCCUUCUCCUCACCUUGUCUAAUUUCACUAAGAGGGGGGAAAUUCGUUUUAAAGAAAUUAGGCCAAUAUGUUCUUGCAGUAGGAACAGAUAGAAAUAUACAAGAUUGGAUUUUACAAAGGCGAGCAAGCACUUUGGAAUCAAUAUUAAAAUUUUUUCAUUGCGAUAUUGAAACUAUAUCAACGUCACUUAAUAAUGACAAAAAUAAAUUCACCGAAAAAUUAUAUCAAAUGUUUGAAACAUACUUGCCUAUAUUACAAUACAAUUCAAGUUUAUUUUUUAGUAAUCCAUCUUUAAAACUACCAAGGAGUGCAAGUCAUGUUUUUUUAGAAGCAAUUCAAAUUUUACAAAAUUGUCAGGAAAUCAUUGGAAUUAUAGGCGGAGCUCUUUUUUACAAUAAUAAAGUCGUAGCAUCUCAGUUAAGUGCUGAAAUUACUAAACAGCUAGUCAUAACGGAUCCUUAUCGAAUUAAGACACCAGCUGAAAAAAUAUCAACCAUGUAUCAUUUACCUGUUGGAGUACAACUUUUGUAUGUUUACAUUGAACAAAGUCAAAUUGGCAAAAUGAUUCAUAGUGCAAAUCUUGAGCGGAGUUACAGUUCCCAUUUAGCAGCAUCAAUAAAAAAAGUACUGCACAAUAAAAAGAAUUUUAAGAAUAACUGUAAGGAUCAACCACUUCUUAUGAAACGAGACAUUUCACGUAUUUUCACUGUCCCAGAAGAGGGAGAACUCGAUUCCAUAAGUGAUAAUUCUUUUUCAAAUUUUACCGCACAUCCAUCUGAAACAUGCAAUUCUCCAAUUAAUCAGAAAGAAGAGUGCAAAAAUGAGAGUAUAAAGCAACAAUUUCCCGUAACGCCAAGUGUUUGUUGUACUCCUUUAAAAGAUGUGCAACGUAUUUUACAUGGAACUGCUGUUUCCAUAUGUAGCACAACAGACGAAGCAGAAAUGUCUAAAGAAGCCAUAAAUAAAUCUGAUGAACGAAAAAAAGAUCCUAAUGAUAUUCCAGAUAUCGUGAAAGAAGCACUUUUAUGUAAAAAAUUAAAUAAAUUAAAAAAUGCCACUUCCAGUGAUAGAUUUAUCAAAUUCGAAGAUAGUAAUAAGAAAAGUUUAAGUUUAAUUGAUAUUAAACAUCAUUCGAGUCAAGAUUUAUGGGAAUCGUCACCAGAAUUAAAUAAAAAUUUGCCAUUAGAUUACAAAUCGUGUACAACACGAAGAAAAACAUUGCCAAAUAAAAGGUAUUUCAAUACAAUAACAGAUCCUAAUUUUCCGGUGUUUAGAGCUGAUGGCGUACAAGUGACUCAUUCACUGUACAAUCAGUAUAUUACUUCUCACUAUCAAGAGUUGAAUCAAGAUACUGAGAUCAGUUUGGCUUCCAAAACUUCUAAAAAGAAAAAUAAUUCCACGGAAAUGGGAAAAUUGAAGAAAGAUAUGAAGCAAAAAUCAAAGGUUUCAUCUAACGUAAAAUUACAAAACAUCAGUAAACAGGAAUUGUAUCGUAGUUCUUUAAGUCUUCCAUUGAAACCUCUUAAUGUGCUCGACACUGAAGAAAGAAGUAAAACAUCAAACUCAAACAGUGUAUUUGAAAAACAACGUAAACACGAAGGUUUACAAUUAACUCCUUUAAUGUCAAAACUAAGCCUUAUUAUAGAUGAAAAUAGAAGUGGAGUUUAUAGUAGAGACAACACACCCAGUGAAUUUAAUGAUUUCUCUGGAUAUUCUGCGCUCUCAAAUAAUUUAAUUAAAAAUAAAUUAGACUCUUCUGUUAUAAACAAUGAAUCCAAUGAAGAAAUUGAAAUGGAUUUAAUAAAGAAUAAAAGUUCUGUUCAAAAAACUGAAUUAUUCUUAUGUGGACAUCAAAAUAUGGUCUUGAUGUUAUUAUUAGAAAAUGGAAUGUGCUCAGAUCCAGAACUUAUACAUUCUCUGUGGAGGACUUGCAUUAAUAAUUUGGGGAAAUUGGAAAUAUGUUUACAACAGUGUCUAGAUCCAUUGCCAAUAACAGAAAAUAAAGAAUUAUACAGUGUACUCUCAGUUAAUUCCGAAUGGGAUACUACCUAUCGUUCCGGAUUGUGGGGUGUUACGGAACUCGACAUACUGGCAACACUUCACAAUAGGUUUACCAACAAAAAUAAUCUCACAGAGAUAAUAAUAAGGAGUGAUGAUGCAGUUGUGUAUGGAAAUCAGUGUGGAAAUGUUGAAGUUUUUUAUCAACAAACUUCAUCAUCUAGUACUUAUGGUGGACUUCCAACUCCCGCUGAUCUAAUGGGUAUAGUACCACUCAAAGCUAAACGAAGAAUUGAAAGAGAUCAUGAUAUUAUAUUAAUGUAAACUAACAGAAAAUCUUAUACUGUAUUGCAGUAAAACGAUUUCUUUAAGCUUAAUAAUUGAAUUUCAUCAAAAUCACCAUCUGACUAGAUGAAACAAAAUGCAAUGAUACGCCAUGCCAUUUUAAUAUGGAACCAAAAACUCUAAUUACAUUUUUAUAUAUAAAAAAUUUUUUAUAAAGAUAGAGAAACUCGUUUUCGCUUAUAAGUGAAUCGAUAAUUAUUGAAUAGUUUUAUUUAUAGAAAAUAUAGGCUGAAUUAAUUUAUUGUAUUUAUGUGAAUGUUGGUUGUUAAUUAUUAAUGUAAAU